AUGGGCAAUGAUUUUGAUCCUAUACAAGCUUGCAGGGAACUUCUUGACAAUGUCAAGUGCCUUGGAAAGUCUAGCCCAUAUAAACCUUUUGGUAUUUAUAUGAUCUAUUCAACCCAGGGAGCAGCUUGUAUUGAGGACAGUCAAGCUGCCUUGGAGAUGCUAAUUUUAACUUUGCAAAGCACUGAAGAAAAUGGUAUUGCCGAUGCAUUGAUUUCAGAGCACAAAAGUUAUGGUGAUAAGUUGAAAAAUGUUUUUGAAAGUGGAUACUCAACAAGAGCUUCAAACAUCUUCCCAGAAUCCUCUGUUGAGACGGGAAUAGCACUGCAAUUAGAAGCCAUGGGUUUUCAGACUCUGACUAAAUCUGCAUUUGAUGCCUUGAAAAAAGCCGCAAAUUUGAAAAACAAGCAUGACAUGGACAUUAAGGUCCUAAAUUCAAAGUUGAGCGAGAACCAAAGUAGACUGGCAGAGCUGGAAUGGUACAUUAAAAUGGUAUCUAAGGGAAACAGCUGUAGCUCCUACGAUGUUUUCAAGGACCUGGGCGAAAAGAAAGAUUUUCAUAUUAAUCGGCAUAGAAUGAAUCUAGAAGAUUUUUGGGAUAAAAUUAUUGAUAUGGUGAAGAAUCAGCAAUUGCCCAGUGACUUCCGAUACCAAAACAAAUGGAUCAAUGCUAGAACUACAUACAGAAGACUUGUAGAGCCCCUGGACAUUGCAAACUUCUAUCAUCUGCACAGCGAUAGGGGAAGUUGUCUCUCAAUUAAGAACAGGCUGCUCCGUCAUAGGGUUCUGGAAAAAUGGCUGGAUGACAAAAACCAAACUCGCAUUGAAAGAGGUAGAGGGAGGAAAAAGAAUCGCACAAAAUUUGCAUCCUUAACUGAGGACUCUCGUUUUUGGGCUCGUGUAGAAGAAGCUGAUAAAGACUUGACAAAUCUCCAGCCAAAGAAAGAGCAAACUAUCAUUGCCCAUCUCAAGAAAAGCCUCAAAGAUUUUGAAGCUUAUGUGUCGAAGAUGAUCAAGGAGAAAAGUAUUUCCAUGGAGGUUUUCUUUGAAGAGAGCGGCUUCAUGAUAUGGUGGAAGAAAUACAGAGAGUUUCAGCAGCAACACUCAGAAGAGUGGAAUCAAGCUCCCCUUUCCUCAAAUCCAUGGAAAAGGAGAAAUUGGGAGUUCAGAAGACAGGUUUUUGAUUCAGUUUUAUAG